AUGGUGAGGCAGGAGAUAACGUAUCGUGUUCAUCGGGAUACGGUGAAACGACCAGAUGAAGUGAGCGAAAUAAUGAGCGAAGAAGAAUAUCGAAAAGCUCGGAUAUACAGACUUGAUAAGCAUCGCUUCUCUUUCGUAUACUCAACAUACUUGCAGUUGGAGUUAAUGGUUAUCCUAAUAUUCUCCUUACCUCAUAUUUUAUGGAACAUAAGUGGAGCUUUCAAUGUAGGAUUUGGGUUUACGAGCGAAAUUGCUCAGACAAUGACUUUCAUAUCAUUACUAGCGGUUAUUGAAUGUCUAACAAGUAUGCCAUGGCAGCUUUAUGAUACAUUCAUAAUUGAGGAAAAACACGGGUUUAAUAAGCAGACGCUGGGUUUUUUUCUCAAAGAUAAAGCUAAGAAGACGGUAGUAUCAUUAUUAUUGAUGGCACCAAUAGUAGCUACAGUUGUGUACAUUGUGGAACGUGGAGGACCAUAUUUCUUCUUUUACAUUUGGAUCUUCCUCUCAGUUGUCAUAUUUCUGUUAAUGACGGUUUAUCCUGAAUUCAUAGCUCCAUUAUUCGACAAAUAUGUUCCACUCCCUGAAAGCGAACUGAAGGAAAAAAUCGAGAAACUUGCUGAAACUCUAAACUUUCCGCUGAAGAAACUGCUCGUUGUCUAUGGUUCCAAACGAUCAGCACAUAGCAACGCUUAUUUUUACGGUAUAUGGAACAAUAAACGUAUUGUGCUUUAUGACACGCUAUUUGGUGAAGAAAUGAAAGCAAAGCUAAAGGAGAAUACAUGCUUUUCUACAGAGAAGGACGAAAAAAGCUGCGACAAGGUGGAUGACGAAGGAAUAAAAGAGCACAAAUUGGGUGUGCAAGACAAUGAAAUUCUAGCUGUCCUUGGCCAUGAACUUGGACAUUGGGCUCAUUGGCAUACAGUUAUUCAUCUCCUUCUUACUGAGAUAAAUUUGUUGCUGCUACUUGCUAUAUUUGCGAAGUUCUAUCAAGCUACUUCACUUUUCCAUGCAUUUGGCUUCUACGAUUCAAAACCAACGAUUAUUGGAUUCAUGAUCGUUUUCCAAUAUAUCACCGCUCCAUAUAAUGAAUUGUUCUCUUUCCUUUUGACGAUAAUGUCGAGACGAUUGGAAUUUGCAGCGGAUCGUUUCUCAGAAAGACUUGGUUAUGGAAAUGAGUUGUGCAGAGCAUUGAUCAAACUUGGCAAGGAUAAUCUAGUUUUACCGGUAGACGAUCCGCUCUACUCGAUGUUCAACCGUUCACAUCCAUCAGUAUUAGAACGGAUUGCUGCCCUCAAGAAAAAUACUUCGAAAGAUCGAAGAGAUUUUUGGGAUGAUGGAUUACAUGAUUUAACUCUUGCAGCAAUAGCGCCUAGUUCUGAAUUACAUAGAACGACGUUGAGGCUUGUCAGCAUGAUGACACAAGAUUGCGGAGAACAAUGUCUGAAAGUACGUGGGAAUAACUGGGCUGAACACGUUAAACCUAUUGGUUCACAUGUGAUAUAA